CAACCAAGCAAACCAAAGUCCGGUUCUGCGCGUUGCUCGAAUCAGUCGUCAAAAAUUCUUGCCGAAUUUUUCCCAAAGAAUAAGAAAAUAUUCCGCAUUUUACAAAGUGAUUUGCAGCGCAUUCGGCCACUUUGGCUUUUCGCCCCGCAGAAGUCUGCAACCGCGUCGAUUUUUAGCAUCCUGUAGCAGCUUCCGGAACCACCAGGCCAGCCAUGCGAAGCCGAACGGAGAUGGUGACGACCCAGCUGGAGGGGUCAGACUUUGACGACGAGUCGGACUUUGAAGACUCGGAAGAGGACUGGCAGCCGGCCAAGGGAGAGCCCAAGACGAAAAAGCUAAAGGCAAGUCCAGCCGCCGGUCGAGCCGGCAAAAAGUCGUCUCCGCCCCGAGGGUCCGCCGGAAAGAAUGGGGGAGGAGGGGGGAGAAAGCGUGGCGGCCGUGGUGGUCGCAAACCAUCGGCGACAGCUCGGAGGUCCAACAAGAAAAAAGCUCCCAGCUCGGACGAGGAGGAACCGGAGGUGAGCGAGCAGGAGGAAGAGGAGGCGGAGGAGGAUUAUAGUGAACCGGAAGCGGUGAAGCCGCCGCUGGCCAAGAAGUCCAAGAAAGCAGAUCAGGACGGAGGCCACACGUCGGUCACGACGGUAAUCAAAGCGGAACCGACGACCUCGGCGGUGGCUUCUCCAAAGCCGGUUCCACUGCAGCGCAAGGUGGUCACGCCUCUAAAGAGUUUCCCGGACAAGUUCGGCUUCCUCAAUCUGCACAUCUUCAAGGGUGAUCUCAAGGACGGAAUCGUCAAAAAUCCGCAGGUUUGUCUGUGGCGCCGCGACGGUUCCAGCUUGCUGCAAAAGUAUCUGCGUGACAAGACGGUGGACACGGAACUGCCCCAGUUUAACUCGUCGAUGGUGUAUUCCUGCUGGGAGGACAAACGUGCCAACGAGUACAUUGAGGUGAAGGUGCGCUGCAUCGAACAGUCCAAACAGGUGCGGGUCGAGCUGACCAACGUGGACGAGCUGGAGGAGCAAUCGCGGGCCGAGUAUGAAAGUUUUGUGGCCGAGCACGGGGUUCCGGAGCAGCGCAGCACCAGCAACGCAGGCAACUCACAGGGCGGCACGGAUGACGAGGACGAAGAGUUCGAAGACAACGAAGGGGAGGAGGGCGAAGAGAGUGAAGGCGCCGAAGAGGAAUGAAAUUAGGCGUGUGGAUCUGCUCUCGAGGGUGGAUCCGCUGAAGCAUUCGCUGUCAACAAAACUCAACAAUCCGACAGUCCAGAUUAGCAUGGCGCGGCAUAUCCUUCCUUUUCUUAGCUGUUCAUUAAUGUGUACUAAAUGUGUAAUAUUCUAAUGGUAAUCUAGCGGAUAGGAUGACCAGCGCUGGCAGAAGCAGGACGCGAUCGUAUUUCAAACCAUAACUCAACUUAUUCAUUGUUUUAAAUGAAGAUCAAUAUCAAGUCAACGGUAAUGAUGUGUAGUAAAGUGAAUUAAGCAAGCAUUUUCGCAUAAAGUGAAUUCCUCCAAACAAAAA